AUGGCAACCGUAGCUGGAGCAACAACCAGCAACAACAAGAGCAGCAGCAACAACAAGGAUGCAGCUGCCAGCAGCAAGACAGGACCCCCAGUCCAAGUCUUUGUCCGCUUGCGACCCUUGAUCCCCGAAGAGGAGGGCCACGAGGUGAUUGAGUUCAAGACCAAUGAUCGCCAAAGUCAGUUCCAACUCAAACAGCCGUCCCAAGAAGAAGCACCAGCAAAAAUCAAUCCUGUGUUUGCCGGGGCUCCCCCUCUACGACGCCGCAAAGAUCAGUGGAAGAGCUUUGAUGGUUUUAACAAAAUCUUGAAGGAUGACAAGAACAACGAACAGGUCUAUCAGGCCACCAUUCAACCUUUGGUGACAGCGGUAGCGGAGCAACCCAACUUGUCAGCCUGUGUGUUUACCUAUGGACACACUGGCUCUGGAAAGAGUCAUACGCUGUUGGGAUAUGACGACGAAUUGGGUGUCUACAAAUUUGCAGCGGCAGAGAUGUUGGAGCAACUGGCGGAUAAUGAUGAUAAUGGCAAAAUGAUGCUACUGGUUCGUGUUUCAGAACUGUACAAGGAUACAGUACAUGAUUUGUUGACAAAGGAACAGUGCUCUAUUCGUCAAGAUGGAAAGGGCGUUGUUCAAGUGCGAGGUCCCAUGAAAGAAGAUGAUCUGGGACGUAUCGAUCAACUGCCGCUGGGAAAACUCUGUUCCACGGCACCAGAGGUGGUGGACUGCGUCGAGGCCGCUGUGGCCAGUCGUCGUGUCGGAAUCUCCACUCAUCACAGUCAAUCUUCUCGAUCGCACCUGGUGGUGGAAUUGGAAGUUGUCACGGCAGAACUUGUGGAGCAGCGAAACUUGUUGAUGACCCGAGAUGCACACUUGACACGCCUCAAAUGGUUACAGACCGAAAGAUCGUUUGGCAAGCACUUGGAUCGGCCCAUGCCGAAAUGGACCAAGCCUUACAUGGACGGCAAUGCACCCACAAAAUUACGCAAAGAAAUUCUGCAGUAUGAAACUCUCGUGAAGGAAUCCAAACAAUGCGUUGCCAAGUUGGAGAAAAACUUGGGAGGAACCCUGGUGUUUUGUGACUUGGCUGGAAAUGAAUAUGCGCGAGAUGCUGCCGGUUCUACCAAGGAAGAAAUGGAAGAGGCAGCCGAAAUCAAUAAGAGUUUGCUCGCCGUAAAGGAAAUGAUUCGUAGUCUCAACAACAAUGCCAAAGGAAAAGGCACCAAUCAUGUGCCCUAUCGCGAUUCGAAACUGACCAUGAUGCUCCGUCGCCACCUUGAUAACAAGGCGGUCAUGAUGGCUCAUCUCAGUCCGAGUCAAGAGUCGUGGCGCAAAACAAUCAAUACGUUAACCUAUGCUGCCCUGGUGGGGCAAAAUUCCAAGGGUGCCGUCGGAAAACGGCAGCAGGGAAAGGAAAACAAAAUUCGGCAGUAA